UCUUCCGUUCCGGCAUAAUAGUCGUGCGAGUUGGCAGCCACGAGAGCUUAUUGUCGCGACCAUUUUAUCUCCUAUACCUUGAUAAAACUUCCAAACGGUAACACCUCUUUACUCCAAAGUUUUCUUUUUAACCGUUUCCCUUCCCCUGGACCCCUCUAAGUUCCUCGCACCUAAAUUAAAAGGAAUCAAACCGUCAACUUGUCAUAUAUAUAUAUAUAUUGUCACAAUUAAAAGGAUCCUCCUUUCUUAGAUUUGUAUAAGAAAGAAGAAGAAGAAAAGUAAAGUAAUAAGAAAGUAAAGAAAAACGUCAUCAUUUUUGUCAAAAUAAUACUACCGUGUAACAAAGAGAAACAAACGUCAAGAUGAAUGAAGAAUACGACGCGAUUGUUCUUGGGACCGGCUUAAAGGAAUGCAUCCUAUCUGGUAUGUUAUCGGUUAGUGGAAAAAAGGUACUCCACGUAGACCGCAACAAGUAUUAUGGUGGUGAAUCGGCCUCCAUAACACCAUUGGAAGAUCUAUUCGCCAAAUUCAAAGCACCACCACCAGAUGAAAGUUAUGGACGUGGUAGAGAUUGGAAUGUCGAUCUUAUACCUAAAUUCUUGAUGGCCAAUGGUCUCCUUGUGAAAUUAUUGAUUCAUACCGGUGUGACACGUUAUUUGGAAUUUAAAUCGGUAGAAGGAUCUUAUGUGUAUAAAUCUGGAAAGAUUUCUAAAGUACCAAUCGAUCAACAAGAAGCUUUGUCCAGUGAUUUGAUGGGUAUCUUUGAGAAAAGACGUUUUCGCAAUUUUCUUAUAUGGGUGCAAAAUAUGAAGGAGGAUGAUCCUAGAACUUGGGAAGGAUUUGAUCCCUUUAGUAGCCAAAUGUGUGCACUUUAUCAUAAAUUUAACCUUGAUAAAAAUACUCAAGAUUUUACGGGUCAUGCAUUAGCUUUAUACAGGGACGACGAAUACAUAACUAAAAGUGCGAUAAUAACAAUAAGGAGAAUUAAAUUGUAUAGCGAUAGUUUAGCACGCUAUGGCAAAUCACCAUAUUUAUAUCCUAUGUAUGGCCUCGGUGAACUACCUCAAGGUUUUGCACGACUUAGCGCCAUUUACGGGGGUACGUACAUGUUGGAUAAACCAAUUGAUGAAAUUGUCAUGAAGGACGGUAAGGUAGUUGGUGUACGUUCUGGAGACGAAGUAGCUCAAUGUAAACAAGUAUUUUGUGAUCCUACUUAUGUACCUGAUCGCGUGAAGAAAGUUGGCCAAGUAAUAAGAUGUAUCUGCCUUUUGGAUCAUCCGAUACCAAAUACUGGUGAUGCCCUUUCAACGCAGAUUAUCAUUCCGCAGAAACAGGUGAAUCGUAAUUCGGACAUCUACGUUUCUUUGGUAUCGCAUACUCAUCAAGUAGCCGCUAAAGGAUGGUUCAUAGCUAUGGUGUCAACCACUGUUGAAACUAAAAAUCCCGAACAAGAGAUUCAACCAGGAUUGGAUUUACUUGGACCGAUAAGACAAAAAUUUGUUUCCAUAUCUGAUUACAUGGAAACUACCGACGAUGGUUGCGAUAGUCAAAUUUUUAUUUCUAGAAGUUACGAUGCUACAACGCAUUUUGAAACUACCUGUUUAGACGUACUCGAUAUAUUCAAACGUGCAACUGGCGAGGAAUUUGAUUUCAACAAAGUUAAACAAGAAUUAGGAGAUGAGGAUCAGUAACCGUAAUAAAAUACGCUUUUUAUGAUGAUGAUGAUGAUGAUGAUGAUGAUGAUGAUGAUGAUGAUAUUGUCCAUUAAUCGAGAAACAAAAUUCUAACUAUCAAAGUCUCUAAGUAAUUUAAUCGGACAUUUAUAUCUCUUACCGACUGUGUCGGUUGUCAAGGUCUUAAAGCAAAUACAUACUGAGCAUGUAAUACUUGCGA